GUGAGAGGGAGAGGGAGAGGGAGAGGGAGAGGGAGGGAGGGAGGGCGAGUACCCAUAAAGGCUGAAAAUGGAUCGGGAGGGCGGCAUAAGGAGGAGGAUAUCGCGGGGGAUGAUUCCAGUUCUUGCUUUGCACGUUGGUACUGAAUACUACCGGCUCCGGCGAAAGCCUCCGGUGACGGCGGGGCUCAUCCUCGCCAAUACCCUGAUUUAUCUCCGCCCCGGAACCCUCGACCGCAUUCUCCCCACUAUUGACGAGGUCUGGUUCAACCCCCAUCUAAUAGUGAAGUAUGGGGACCUAAAACGCUUUUUCCUGUCAGCUUUCUACCACAUGAGUGAAUCCCAUCUAGUUUAUAACAUGAUGUCCCUCUUGUGGAAGGGGAUUCAGCUGGAAACCUCGAUGGGAAGCGUGGAAUUUACUUCAAUGCUAGCAGCACUACUUACUCUCUCCCAAGGAAUCACUCUACUUCUUGCCAAAAGCUUACUGCUCUUCUUUGACUAUGAAACAGCAUAUUACAACCAGUUUGCUGUGGGGUUUUCUGGCGUUCUAUUUGCCAUGAAAGUUGUUUUGAAUUCUGAAUCAGAUGACUUGACAUCUCUAAAUGGUCUCCUGAUCCCAGCUCGUCACGCUGCGUGGGCGGAAUUGAUUCUCAUCCAGUUGUUUGUUCCUGGUGUCUCUUUCCUUGGUCAUCUUGGUGGAAUUCUAGCUGGACUCCUCUAUCUAAAGCUGAGGAGGUCGUAUAGCGGUCCUGAUCCACUUGCAGCAUUGAUGAGGCAUACAGCUGCGGUUGUAAGCUGGCCUGUGAAGUUUCUGAGAAGCUUGAUUGGGUGGCCAACUCGGCGAAUAUCAGGAAGGGGUACAGUUGGAAGCAGACGGCCUGUUCAAAGGGUUUAUGAUGUGUGGAGAUGUGCUGCUUGCACAUAUGACAACUCUGCUUUGGCGGAUGUAUGCGAGAUGUGUGGCACAGAGAGGCUGGGUAACGGGUUUACUGCACCUAUGUUGUCAAAUGGUAAUGUUGAGCUCAGCUUAGAGGAGGUAAGGAGGCGGCGGCUUGAAAGAUUCGGUAGAUGACAUUCUAAAUUUCUAAUUUGUGCAAGACACUUCUCUUGUUCUGCAGUUUUACCUGUUCGUUUCAUUUGAAUAGUAAUAGCUCUGCAGAAAUUCGAGCCUUUUGGUUUUAGCUAUUCCCUCCUAGCCAGUCAGAGUUUCUGGCUGAGGUUAAAUAUGCUUUCUGUUACUUCAAAGUGGAUGAUCUACAUUCUCCUGCCUUAUGGAGAGAAGGCAGGUAAUUGCUUUACUGUAAAAUAAUUUCUUAAGUAGUUUCUAGUCUUAUAACUGUCAUCUUCAUAUCCUACAGCGAAAUGAAUAGUUUUAUUAAGAAAUGUUCAUACUUCCUAUCUAGUAAAUUUGUUAAGUCGCUCGGCAACAUGAAUGCCGUUUAUUGUUUGUUAAAAUUGCACCAUGACACUGCUGCUUUUGACA